AUGAUCAGAACCGGCACCAGGCGGAUCCUCGCAUUAGGCAUUGAGGGAAGUGCAAAUAAAAUAGGGGUGGGAAUUGUGGAUGAGGCGGGCAAUGUGCUCUCGAACGAGCGCGAGACGUACAUCACCCCUGCUGGGACUGGCUUUUUGCCGCGGGAAACGGCACAGCACCACACGACGCACAUCCUGCGCCUGGUGCAGGCCGCUUUUGAAACCGCGCAGGUGCGUCCCUCUGAUAUCAGCGUCAUCUGCUACACUAAGGGACCAGGCAUGGGGGCGCCACUCGCGGUAUGUUGCACGGUUGCCAAAACUCUCUCGUUGUUGUGGUCUGUCCCACUGGUUGGUGUGAAUCACUGCAUCGGGCACAUUGAGAUGGGGCGUGUUGUAACGGGGAGUAAUAAUCCAGUGGUACUGUACGUGAGUGGGGGCAAUACACA